CGACGACAACUACGUGUCCAACAUCCGCCAUGGCGUCGACGGCAAAGGCUCGCUACAACGUUGGCCUCAAACUAUACACCUUUCUUCUACUCCUCCUCUCUCUCAUCGCCCUCGUCUUAGGGCAAGAACAACCAGUGCACACGAUAACACCCUUUAACAACCUACCAGCGCGCCUUUUCUUCUUUGACGAUACGGAGGCCGCAAUUUAUCAUGAUUCAAUCGAUGGGAAUGUCUACGUGUCGCAGGAUGAGGGAAAGUCUUGGAGUAUGGCAGAGGGCAUUCCCAAGGGAAAGACAGUCAUGGUAAUCGAGCACCCAUUCGACAACCGCUACGCAUUCGCGCUCACCGAUAGCAAGAUUCACUACCGCACCGAAGACCGCGGAAAGACGUGGCGGUCUUUCGAAGUUCCAGUCCCACCCGCUCUCGUCGCCAGGCCGAUGUCAUUCCAUUCAGAUCCCAAGAAAUGGGGAUCGAUACUCUAUCAGGGAACCGCGUGCAACCGCCAAGGGUGGGGCGCCAUCUGCCACGACGAGACUUAUUACACCAAAGAAGCUUUCAGCGACACUCCCCAACUCCUCCUCUCCGAAACUUCGCGUUGUCAAUUCGCUCACAGCAGCAAAGACUUUAAACAUGAAGCCCACUCUGACCUAAUCUAUUGCGUCGCCUUCGACACCUCAAGCGUCGACGGCUCCCACGCCCUCUCCUCGAGCCGCCUCUUCUCCACCACCGACUUCUUCGACAAAGACCGCAAAGUCGAGGAGCUUGGUAUUGGGAAGAACGCAAAGGGCGUCAUUGCCUUUGCCAUCGUCUCCAAAUACGCCGUCGUCGCACUGAAGGACCUCUCGCCUUCCAACGACGGCGAAAUGUUGCUGUACGUCACUGUGGAUACGAACACGUGGGCAAAGGCGCAGUUUCCGCAUGCCUCCUCGGCCAAACUCAGAGAAAACGCGUAUACGAUCGUCGAAUCGACCACGCACUCCCUCGCCGUCGACGUGGUGCUUCAAGACAAGAGCAGCAUCGGGACACUCUUCGUCAGCAACUCCAACGGCACCUUCUUCGUCGAGAGUUUGAAGGACACGAACAGGAACGAUAUGGGGUACGUCGACUACGAGAAGCUGUACGGCGUCGAUGGCGUGGGCCUUGCCAAUGUUGUUUCGAACGCGAAGGAUGUCGAGGGGCGAGGGGCACGGAAGCAGCUAAAGACAAUGAUCACUUUUGACGAUGGUACCACAUGGACCUCGCUCCGCCCUCCAUCUCAAGACAGCGAGGGAAAACGCAUCUCAUGCGACCCCGCUGACACCGACCUCUGCUCCCUCCAUCUCCAUUCCGUCACGACCCCACACAACUACGGCCGCAUCUUCUCCUCACCAGCACCUGGUUUCGCUAUGGGUGUUGGGUCGAUAGGCGAGAGCCUUUUACCAUACGACGAAAGCGACACAUUUAUCAGCACAGACGCCGGCGUGACGUGGCAGAUGGUCCGACGAGACGCGCACAAGUACGAGUUUGGCGACAAGGGGAGCAUCCUGGUGGUCGUGAAUGACGAGGAUGGGACGGACAACGUGCGAUAUUCUCUCGACCUGGGCAAAUCAUGGCUGAAAUACGACAUUGGCAUCAAAUUCCGAGCGAGGGCGCUCAUGACCCUCCCCGACUCGACCUCACAAAGGUUCCUGCUUCUGGGGCAAGUAGCGCGGAAAGACCAGACAAAGGAUACCGGACGUGUCGUCAUUAUCCAGCUCGACUUUUCCGGGACGAGGAAACGCAAGUGUGUGGAGGGAGAUUUCGAGAAAUGGUAUGCACGCACUUCCAAGACAGAGUGCUUGAUGGGCCACAAGCAAUGGUACAAACGCCGAAAACCGGACGCGGAUUGCUAUGUGGGAGAGAAGUAUAUGGACCCCGUGGAGCAUGAGGAUAAUUGUCAGUGUACGGAGGAAGAUUACGAAUGCGACUAUAAUUUCGUCCGAAACGGAAAGGAUUGCGUCCCCGUUGGGCCGGAGCCGAUCCCUGCUGGCGUAUGUACUGGGAACCCCGACCAGACGUACAAGGGCUCCUCGGGAUGGAGGAAGAUUCCUGGGAAUACCUGCGUUGAUGGCGUCAAGAAGGACGAGAAGGUUGAUAAGAAGUGUUCGCAAGCGCAACCUGCCCCUGGGGAAAUCACCCAUCAAAUUCACGACUUCAAACAUCAGAUCGUGCAACACGCGUACUUCAAGAACCCCAAAGUCAAAACUAUUCUGGUUCGUCUCAUGGACCACACCAUGUGGCAAUCCAGCAACGAAGGUUACAGCUGGACGCAAAUCCACCCCGAACACCGCUUCCUCGCAUUCUACCACCACAAAUACGCGGACGACCGUGCCUACCUCAUCACCGACACCGACACCUUCUUCUACACAACCGACACCGGACGAACGUGGAUCCGAGCCAAAGCCCCAACUCCACCAAACACCUUCGGAGCGCAAGUCCUCCACUUCCACCCGAACACCGACAACCUCAUCUGGACGGGCAACAGAGGCUGCUCGGCCCAAGCACAAAGCUGUCAUGCAGAAGCCCAGUACUCCAGGGAUAACGGGCGCAAGUGGUCCCUCAUCGAUAGCUACGUGCGGAAUUGCGCGUGGGCGAAAGACGCGGAGCUCAAUACUGAUCCGAACGAGAUCAUUUGCGAGUCCUAUCGGGACAAGAAGGGCAACCAGCGUCUAUUCCAGAAUGAAAACCCGAUGGAACUCGUGACAGGGUCAAACUAUUACGCGAAUAAAAGGAAGGUCUUUGAUCAUGUUGUUGGUUUUGCGAAGUUUUCAGAGUUCCUGAUCGUUGCUGAGAUGAUACCCGAGAGACGCUCUUUGGAGCUCGAAGUCUCGCUGGACGGAAUUCACUUUGCGACUGGCAAGUUCCCGCCCAGCAUGCACCCGGAAACGCACGCAUACACUGUCUUGGAGUCAAGCACGAAAUCGCUUUUCCUUCACAUGACAAUGUCAGAGGCUCCGGCUCCCUUCUGGGGCAACAUCCUAAAGUCCAACUCAAACGGAACGUACUUCGGUCUUGCGCUUGAGAACGUCAAUCGGGACGAACGGGGCUACGUCGAUUUCGAGAAGAUGAUUGGCCUGGACGGCAUCGCUCUCGUCAACGUCGUGUCCAAUCCCACAGACGCAACGCUUUCAGGCCAUAAACAGUUGCAGAGCCGAAUCACGCACAACGACGGAAGUACGUGGAGGCCCUUGACACCACCAGUGGUCGACUCACAGGGGAACAAAUACUCAUGCGAGGGUACAAAGUGCGCCCUUCACAUUCAUGGCUACACCGAACGGAUGGAUCCACGAGCCACCUAUAGCAGUCCUUCGAUCGUUGGGGUGCUUAUGGCCGUUGGAAAUGUUGGUGAAACGUUGGCUCCGUACACCGAGAGCGACACCUUCCUCAGCCGCGACGCUGGCUUCACAUGGCAAGAAGUCCACAAGGACGCCCAUCUAUGGGAGUUUGGCGACUCUGGAUCGAUUCUUGUCCUAGCUAACGACGAAGAACCGACCGACCACAUCCUGUUCAGUACAGACGAAGGUCUGACGUGGCGAGAAUACAAGUUCACGGAGGAGAAGAUGCGCGUUCGGUCUAUUGUCACUAUUCCUUCUGACACCAGUCGACGUUUCAUCCUAUUUGGAAGUCUCAUGCGUACACCCGGUUCAAUCGCGGUCCAUAUUGACUUCACGCAGUUGACUUCAAGAAAAUGUGACCUUAGCACUGACAAUCCUGCAAAGGAUGACUUUGAGAUGUGGAGCCCGAGUGAGAACCGCCCAGAGCAAUGUCUCUUCGGCCGCCAGACACUCUACCACCGCCGCAUUCGUAACACGGAUUGCACUGUGGGGGAACAAGAAAAGGCAGCUAGCCGCGUUGUUCUCAACUGCGCUUGCUCAAAAGUUGAUUUCGAAUGCGAGUUCAACCACGUUAAGAACACCAACGACGAGUGCGAACUUGUCCCUGGUACCACUCCUCUGCCCGACAGUGAUACGGCUUGCAGAAACGGCGAAGAGUUUUGGUACGAACGGACAGCAUACCGUUUGAUCCCCUAUUCCAGCUGCACGGAUGGUGAGAGACCUGAUCGUGGUCGCGAGCAUCGCUGCCCUGGUUUCAAGUCCCAUAGCGCUUGGUUCUGGCUAUUCAUGCUUCUCCUCCCAUUCGGUUUCACGGCUCUCAUUGCUUUUUACUAUUAUCGUCGGAGUGGCCUCGCCAGAGGUACCAUCCGCCUCCCUGGAGACGGAGGAAGGCCCGCGUACGGUGGCGACACAGGCGUCGUCGCUACUCUCGCUUCUGUUCCUUGGUUCAUUGUUGGCGUUGCGGGUAUCGCCUGGGAAUGGGUUGUAUCUCAUGUGGAGCGUCUUGCGCCUGGUGCAAGAAGCGGGUACAGGAACUUGCCGAUAGACGAGGAUGCACAGGUAUUGAGGUUCGAAGACGAGGAUUAA